GGGUCGGCAUUUUAUUGGUAUAUGUCUUGAAAUCUUCCCAACAAUGUACAACUGCAAGGCACUUCAUCAGACACAAGUUUUUGUCAAUCCAUAUCCAAAAAUGCCACGCCAAUAUGAUCUCUCCACUUUCUAACCUCAAACUUAAAAUAAUCUAUAAGCACGUUUGCACCAACACAAUACUCUACAACUUAAUUUCAUUCCAUGCCAUUAACCAUAGCAUUCAGCAUCUAUAAAUACCCCAAACCUCUUCAUAGAAGCCAACAUCAAAUACUACACUAAAUAAAUACACCCUCUAAAGUUUGCUCGAUUCUCUCCUUUAUUAUAUAUUUCGAUAUCCUUAAUACUUCAAGGUGCUGCAUUAAUGGCUGCAUCUUGGUCAUGUUGUUUACUUGUAAUGCUUGUUUUGAUGUCAGUUAUUGAAUCAGAAAGCAGAGUGGCGAGGAAGGAUUUGGGUUUGGACCUUGGUGGGUUAGGAAUUGGCCUUGGAGCAGGAGUAGGUUUGGGAAUUGGAGGUGGUAGCGGUUCUGGAUCCGGAGCUGGAGCAGGUUCUGGCUCUGGUUCUAGUUCUUCUUCAAGUUCAUCGUCAUCUUCGUCUUCUAGUUCUGGUUCGGGGUCCGGGGCAGGCUCUGAAGCAGGCUCGUAUGCAGGAUCUCGAGCUGGAUCAGGAUCAGGCAGAAGUCGUGGUAGAGGUGGUGGUGGAGGAGGAGGUGGAGGAGGCGGCGGCGGUGGUGGUGGAGGCUCUGGGGAGGGCUCCGGUUAUGGUGAAGGUUAUGGUCAUGGUGGUGGUUAUGGGGAAGGUGGUGGUGAUUAAUUAAAGGAAAUGCAUUAAUGAAGUGGUUAAUAAAUAAAAGAAAAUGUUAGAGUGUGUAAUAAAUAAGUAUAGCAGUUGGUGUGUAUCAAAUAAUGAAAACAUGUAAGAUGGAUGAUUGCAUGCAUCAUGUGUGUUUUAUUUUAGUGAAGAAAAAUCAGUUGUGUUUCAAUUUCAACAAGUUUUCUAUUUGCUUUAGAGAUUAAUUCCGAUUUCUACGUGUAAUUUGGCAUAGAUCUAGGUUGAACUAUGAAAUAUUAAAGUUUUAUUUAAUGAAGUGUAAUAAUUUCCACAAUAUUUAAUU